AUGGAAAUUCCUGAGAAUCGAAGAUGGAUGGAGACUAGGUUGGAUCAUAAUAGGCAUUUGAGACACGAGUUUGUUAAAGGAGUUAAUGAAUUUAUUGAGUUUGCAACUACACAACAAAGCUUCCAAAAGUAUCAACAAUUAAGGUGUCCUUGUAAGAAAUGUCAAUGUAGAAGGUUCCAUUAUGUGGAUGAUGUUAUGGUACAUCUUUAUGAACAGGGAUUCAUGAAAAAUUAUUACUACUGGACAAAUCAUGGUGAGAGAAUGCUACCAACCCCACCUACUUUGGUGGAAGAAUCAUAUUAUGGUAUGAAUAACCAAAGGGAAGAAUUCAACCCAUAUGAGCAAAUGAUCAUGGAUCAUGUUGGUCCCGAAGUUGGUCAAGUUAUGGAACAACAACCUGUACUAAGAGAACAAAACUUUGAAGAAGAUCCAAAUUCAGAUGCUCAAAAAUUCUAUGACAUGUUGGCAAGUGCACAAGCUCCGUUAUGGGAUGGAUGUCAUACUCACUCAAAAUUAUUAGCUUCUUUAGUUACUCUAAGUUUAAAAUUUGACUACAACAUGUCAGAAGGAUGUUUUAAUCGUAUGGUUCAAUUUAUGGGUGAAGCCAUGCCAAAUGGAAAUCUAAUGGCUUCAAAUCUUUAUCGUGCUAAGAAAUCAGUUGCGAAUUUGGGAUUGAGUUGUAUAAAGAUUGAUUGUUGUCAAGAUGGAUGCAUGUUGUUUUGUAAUACUGAUGAAGAUGAUAAUGUUACAACUUGCAAAUAUUGCCACAAGGAUCGAUAUAAAAUAACUUGUAGAAGGGGUAUUAAAAAAAAAGUCCCUAUUAAAAGAAUAUGGUAUUUCCCAAUAACUCCAAGACUUCAAAGAUUGUACUCUUCAAUGGCUACUUCAUCACACAUGAGAUGGCACCGUGAGAAUCACAGGGAUCCUUGUGUGUUGUGUCAUCUAGCAGAUGGAGAAGCUUGGAAGCAUUUUGAUAUCAUGUAUCCUAAAUUUGCUGAAGAUCCUCGAAAUGUUAGAUUGGGAUUAUGUGCAGAUAGGUUUAAUCCUUUUGGACAAUAUGGUAAAGCUUACUCAUGUUGGCCAAUCAUUCUAACACCAUAUAAUCUUCCACCUGGGAUGUGCAUGAAAAGAGAGUUUAUGUUUCUUACAAUCCUCAUUCCUGGUCCAACAAAUCCCAAAAGCAAGAUUGAUGUGUACAUGCAACCUCUCAUAGAAGAAUUGACAAGUUUGUGGAAUAAUGGCAUUCUAACCUAUGAUAUAUCAUUAAGACAAAAUUUUAACAUGAAAGCAGCUUUAAUGUAG